GUGAUGCCUCACUCAAUACUAUCACAUGGCAAACAUGGGGGAGAUAGAAAAUGAACCAGUGCGACCGAAAAUUACAGAUUCCAAGGGUAUCCUCAAAAAGAACCGAGAGUUCCUGGACUUUUUCUGGGAUAUCGCUAAGCCUGAACAGGAGAUACGACUGAAGGCUAUUGAAAAUCUCAUACAAUAUCUUAAAAAGAGUGAAAAGCCCGAUGAACUGAAGUAUACCCUGAAGAGACUGGUGGAUGGCUUGGCACACAACAGAGAGGCUGCCAGGCCAGGCUUUAGUUUGGCGUUGGGACAGGUCCUGAGUGUGUUUGAGGAGGUACCUCUGCAAACUGCCUUUGAUCAAAUCAAAGACAAGCACAACUUGGUUACAGUGAAGAAGAAACUCUUCAGAAAUGCUGCUUUUGGAAACCUGUUUGGCGUUCUUGCCCUAUCUCAGUCCACCCGCCUCCCAAAGGAGCCCCAGGUGGUACUGGAGUGUGUACAACUUUUACAGAGCCUCUCGCAGCACAGGGAACAUCUGCGGGACCUGCCAAGAAAGACCAUGGUGGAUAUCCUGUCUGAGACAACAGAGGAGGUGUUUGAGGAGGUGCUGUUGGGAGCUCUGCAGACAGACCUGUCCUCCGCCUUCAACACUCCGGAGCAGCUGCAGCUCCUCCUGGUGGCCAUGCAGAAGUUCCCCCAGGUGCUCAAGCCCAAGAAGCUGAAGAAGCUGCUGGGCACUUCCACCAUCAUUACCAUGGACAAUAUUCCCAAGCUGACAGAGGUUCUGAAGAUGGCGGCACGCUCUGUCAAGAAGGAUCGCCUGCUGCCUGCAGUGGCUCUGGAUCUCCUGCAGAUCUCCCUGAGGGAAGACAACUUUGAGCUGUUCUGGAGUGAGGCCAUUGUCAACGGCAUGCUGAAAGACCAGCCAGGGCCCACACAUUACCUGAGCUACCGACUGCUGGGCAGUGCCCUGCCCUUGCUGAGCCUAGGCCAGCUCAAACAGGUUCUGAAUGGAGAGGUGAUGAGAGCCUAUGGGGAACACGUGGUCUCUGCUCAGCUCGCCGACCGUUUCAGGUUUGCCCCGGAGAUGGAGACGUAUGUGGGUGACUUCCUGCAGGGCUGUGACGACCCAGACAAGCAGCUGGUGGUGAUGACUGGCUUCUCCCUGCUGACCAACCAGGGCUACCCCGUGGUGACCUCCUUGUGGCGGGUCGUGCAGCACCUGCGUCCCUCUGCGCUGCGGAGCUAUGUGGACUGGCUCAAAGACAUGUUCCUCAACCCUCAGCUAGACAGCUGCUUGGACUUCAGCACCCGCAGGCAGAAGGAGAACCAGGAGGGCGGAGUCCCGAGGGAACAUUUGAUUUCUCGCCUGAGGAAGUGGAUCGUUCCGCGCCUCGUGUCCAUCGUGGAGAACCACCAGGUGCAGAGAGAUGAGAACCUGGUGAUGGAGGUGGCCAGGUUUGUUUGUUUCCAUGCGUUCUUCAAUGCUAAGAAGGCCACCCCAGACAUACCGGAGACACAAGCUACCCUGUCAGAGCCCCUGGAUGAAAAGACCAGAGCCAUUAUCAUCAACGCCUUCUUUGGGCUCCUGCAGCAUAUCAACCAUCUGCCUCUGUUUGGCGACUCCGCGGAGGUGGCUGCCCAGAACCAGAGGCACAUCCAGGGAGUGAUGGCUGACGGCUCUAUGUGGAUCUUCUCUCUGGUGCAGUUCGCCGACUCCCUGCUCAACCAGCCCAAGCACGCCCAGAGUGUCCAGCCCUUCACUGCUGAGCAGAGAAAGGCUUGGGACAGUAUGCUGGCGUCAGUCAGGACUCUAAUGAAGAAGUCAAAGAAAGGCCAGACUCCAGAGGCCUCUGCUUUCCAACAGUUGUUCCUGCUGGUUGGCAUUCAUCUCUUCAAGGCUCCAGAGGAUUUGGUGGACCUGAUGCAGGAUCUGCAGGACUGUGUGAAAAAAGCCGAAGAGAAGAAGUCCAAGAAGAAGACAAAGGCAUCCAGCUCAACAGAGGCAGAGGAGGAGCCCCACUGGGCAGAGGUGAUGGUGGACAUCCUGCUGUCCCUCCUGUCCCAGCCCAGCCGACACAUCCGCCAUGUCUGCCGCAGCGUCUUCUCCUACAUCUGUCCCCACGUCACUGCCAGAGCCCUCACUGCCAUCCUGGACGUUCUGGACCCAGAUAAAGAUGAGGAGGACAGUGCUGUCGCGGUGAUUGAUGACAAAGACCCUAAGAAGAAAGACAAAAAGAAUGAGGAAGAGUUGGAUGCAUCAGAUGACUACUCUGAUGAUGAAGAUGAUGACGACGAUGAUGACGAUGACGAUGAGGAGCAGGGUGCAGAUGAGGCCAUGGAGGAAGGGAAUGAGGUGGAUCAGAACUUCCGCAUUGAGCUGAUGAAGGUCCUACAGAACCAGGGUGCUCUGGCCACAGAACAGGAUGGCAGUGACGAGGACGAGCUGGACGAUGAAGCUAUGAUGAAGCUGGAUGGCAGUAUUGCAGCACUGUUCGGUGAACAGAAGAAGAAAAUGCAAGCAAAGAAAGAGGAGAAGGACAAGCUAAAAAAGGAAAAAACCCUGGUCAGAGACUUCAAGAUCAAGGUCCUGGACCUGGUGGAGGUGUUCUUGGCCAAGCAGGGUAGCAGUCCCUUGGUCCUGGGCAUGGUGGAGCCUCUGCUCAGUGUCAUUGAGAAUGGCAUGAGCUCUGAAAGUGACCAGCAAGAGCAGGACUUCCUCCGCAAGGCUGCCGAUAUCUUCAAGAACCAGCUGUGCCGUUCCAAGAAGUACUGUAAGAGCUUAGGUGACCGGCAGGCCGAGCUCCACGACCUCCUGGAUAAACUCAUGACCAAAGCCCAGAAGCUCUCCGACUCCUCAGUUUCCCUCUACUUUUUUAGUGCAUCUCUGUACCUGGUCAAAGUAUUGAGAGGGGGGGUGACCUGGGCCUCAGCAGAGGGCCAGACAACACUUACUACUGAACAGCUGAGGUUCAUGGGUAAUGUGGACGUGGCGAGGGUGACGGCACUCUUUAAAGGGGCUUUGUGCUCCUUCAUGACACGCAGGAAGAGCCCUCUGUCAGGCCAGAUGUUCAUCGACCUUUUCACCCGCUUCCCGGUUGUGUGCGUGAACCUGUUGGAGACCGCAGUGGAGCACAUCACAGCAGGAGUGAGAGAACACCAACAGUGCCAGGCGAGUGGCAUGGUGCUCCGGGCGCUGCAGAGCAGGGAGGUACAGCAGCUUAUGGAGGGCGGGUCCUGGACAGGGCUGCUUCAGAAGGUGGUGGGCCAGGUGGCAGCGAGUCUGGAGGGUGUACUGGAAACUGAUAAAAACAAGGUGGUCCAUGAGAAAUUGGUCAAAGCCCUGGAGCUUGGGUUUUUCCUGGUCAAAAACGUCACCCAGAAGAAGCUGUCUGUGGAUCUGCAGCCCCUCAGAAAGGUUCUGGAUUCCAUGCAAGAUGUUCUGGGUUCCAGGAAGACUGGCCAGGUGAAGGACACCUACUGGGCUGUCAUGAAACUCUUAGGAGUCAUCAAGCCCCAAAAGGACAUUACCAGGAAAACCAAGGAGGACCAGGCUGAGAAGAUUGCUCCCAAGAAGAAGAAAGGAUUCCUGCCUGAGACCAAGAAGAGAAAGAACCGCAAGAAGCAAUUACCUGUCUCUGAGCAGGGGGCAGCAGAUGCCAAUACCGUCCCCUUGGGGAAACCAGCGGCUGGGGCAGAGGGGAAGAAGAAAAGGAACAGGAACAAAAACAAGAGGAAACAGCCAGGAGGAGAGGCCCUGGUACAGGCCCCUGUGAAGAAGGCCAAGACGACACCGUCUGCUGGCAAACAGAAGAAGAAGAUGAAGAAGCAGCAGGGAGGCGGUGACGAAUAGAUUGGACUUUUGUAACUGUGUACUUUUGAUCGUAGGUCGUGCAACUGAUGCACCAAUGCAUUUCUUCCUGAAUGUGCUGUGCAUCGGUUAUAUAACCUGACAAUGUACAGGAUCCUGUAGAAACCCUGCGCCGGUGUUGUAACUACUGUACUCCUGUUGAUUUUCAUACAAAGGCAUGGUGAGAGAUUUGUGGCUGUGGACAGUGCUAGAUUGUCUUUUGUAUUGCCAGUGUGAACCUAAGGCAUGAUGUUUUAUUUUGUCUUGUGUUCUCAGGCCUAUGGACUAACUCGACUGUAAAAUAUUGUGUAUUACAGUAAACACCAAACUAUAUCCUUCACAUUUGAAAGUAUUUUUUAACUGCUCAUUAGUUUAUAUACUCUCACAGAAUUUGUAAGAUGUGCAUCAUUCUUAAAAGAAAACAUGAGUGAGCAGGAAAAAUAUUUCUUUUAUUUUUAAUGGGAUUCUACUUAAACUAUGAAGCAUCACAGAAUGGCACAAUCAUUAAACAAAACAUGGCAAUAAAGAAAAUGAUGGUCCCUGUUCCAAAGUUUACAUACCCUUAGUUCUUAAUACUGUGUUCUGCCCCCUUUAGCAUCAGUGAUGGCUUGCAGUCUUUUGUGAUGGUUAUGGAUGAGGCCCUUUAUUAUUUAAGGUGGGAAAGCUGCCCAUUCUUCUUGGCAAAAGCCUGCAGGUCCUGUAAAUUUGUUGGGUUGUCUUGCAUGAAAUGCACGUUUCAGAUCUCCCCAAAGUAGCUCAAUGAUAUUGAGGUCAGGAGACUGUGAUGGUCACUCCAGAACCUUCUCUUUUUUUCUUCUGUAGCCACUUGAGGGUCGACUUGGCCUUGUGUUUUGGAUCAUUGCCAUGCUGGAAAGUCCAAGAGUGUCCCAUGUGCAGCUUCCAAGCUGAUGAAUGCAAAUUGUCCUCCAGUAUUUUCUGAGAAACAUGCUGCAUUCAUCUUGCCAUCAGUUUUCACUAAAUCACGCCACCCCCAGAAUAUCAGAGAUCCACCUCCAUGCUUCACAGAAGGGAUGGUGUACUCUUCAUCAGAGAUCCACCUCCAUGUUUCACAGUAGGGAUGAUUUACUUGUUUUCAAAGGCUUUUUGACUCCGCUCCAAACAGCAUUUAUGGUUGUGAACAUAAAGUUCAAAUUACUUUGUUCCAGCAGUUUUGAGGCUUGUCUAGGUGUUGCAGGCAUAUUGUAAGCAGGCUGUUUUGUGGCGUUGGCACAGUAACAUCUUUUCUGGCAACUCAACCAUGCAGCCCAUUUUUUUUCCAACUACCUCCUUGUGCGUCUUGAAACAGCCACGCCACUUGCAGAAUAGCCUGUAUUGCAGCUGAAGUUGCUUGUGGGUUUUUCUUUGCAUCCUGACCAAUUUUCUUGGCAGUUGUGGCUGAAAUCUUUAUUUGUCGACAUGGCCAUGGCUUGGUAUCGAUAGGACCCCUAAUCUUACACUUAUCAGUCUGAAAAGUACUGAUUGGCAUUUUCAAAUCUUUUGAUAUCUUUUUGUAUCCUUUUCCUGAUUUAUAAAGUUCAGCUAACUUUUCUCACAGGUCCUUUGACAGUUCUUUUGCUUUCCCCAUUGCUCAAUAUACAGCCAAGUCAGUACAGCCCCUGAUGAAAUGUGCAGUGGUCUCAAGAGCUGAGAAACUAUAGACACUAAUUAAAAAAUCUAACUUAUCCUUAAAAUCCAUUUCAAUCUGUUUGUGUCCACUUGUGUGUAUAUUAUCAGGCCAAUCAUUCCAGGUAACCAACCAUUUGAUCAAGGCCAUUUGGGUGAUUUCAGUUAUGAUUUAAAAAGGGCAGACAAUUGUGACACACAUGUUUUCACCUAACCACAACCCCUAAAUAUAAGAAAAGGUUUCUACAUGAUCUGUUGUUUUUACAAAAAAUUGCCUCUGUUUCACAAAUUCUGCCAGGGGUAUGUAAAUUUAUGAGCACAACUGUAUAAAAUAAUACUGACUCGUUGCCCAUUAAAUGACACAGUAAAAUGA